GACGGGCUGAAAGAUGAGAACACUGUUGGUGGUAGUGGGUUGCAUUUGUGGGUGUUGCUUGUGAAGCAUUUAUUUUUGUUCGGAAUUAGGAUAUGAGAUAGACUAAGAAUGUUGCAUCCUCUACGAAGGAGUCCUAUAUAAGGUCCUGUAAGGCAAUAUAUAUAGGACUCUAGGACUCUACCUCACCGGUUUCAUUAUUCGUGUACUUAAAUUAAUAUUGUGUUUAUACACAGAGAAUUAACUUGUUAGUGCAGUGCCUGAGAGAGAAUGACCUUGUUAGCACAGUGCCUGAGAGAGAAUGACCUUGUUUACACAGUGCCUGAGAGAGAAUGACUUUGAUGAAUCUCGAUAAAAGCCAUACAUGUAUGAAUACAAUCUGGCUUCCUGUCCCCCGACACAAUGAAUUAUUAUACACACAAAAUAACCGUGUAUUAAAAAAUAAGUAAUUGCUGGAGCAUUUUUGAGUCUUUUUUGGUCUUCGACAAGAGCAUGACGGACAGAUGACAGAGAGAGAUGACAGCUCUAAACACAGGUGAUGGACCAGGAAGUGAGGAAGACGAGUCGGCUACACGAGACAGACCAACACGGAGCCUAAGAUAAACAUAUACAAGGGAGGGACCAGAAAACCGAGGAAGACUUCGGGGAACAUUGUGAUGUCCAGAAGAUAAUGAGAAGAGUUGGCACUGCUUUAUAAGACAACAUUACGUGAAUUUUGAGGAAUAAUUAACAUGAAGCUGUUCUUGGAACUCAUAUGUAGAGAAGUCUAUAAGUGAAGAGAUACAAGUGGCAGCUUCAGCUUAAGAACGAUGUAGAAGAGAUCGGAGUUGAGCUUGAUGAUGAACGGAACUGUGGAGGAGAGUCCUGACACCACAGUGCCUGAGGCGUGGAUCGUGGCGGCUCAAGGGUGGGCGUGGACGGUGUCCUGCGUGGGCGGCGUCGGUAACCUUGUCACCAUCUCCACCAUCGCCCACCAGCUGUACCUCGGACGGUUGUGGAGACGACACUACCAGUGUGGCCACAGGGCCGGACGUCCAGUGGUCGCUCUGGAAGGUGAUACAUUACUUCUGCUGCACCUCAGCUUCUGUGACUUCCUCUACUGCGCCGUCAACCUUCCGUUAACAGCAAUCACUUAUAACUACGCCAUCGGACUCUCAGACACGGUGCCCAGCAAGAGUUUCUGCACGGGUGCUGCGUUAUUCAGAUACAUCAACGCCCUGGCCGAGUGGACAACGCUUGGUCUGCUGACGGUUCAACGCUGCGUGGAUCUGGGACGCUCCAGGGGCGCUAGGUUCUUCAGACCACGCCCGACCAUUUCCUUCAUCGUGGCCAUCUGGCUGGGCAGUGUCCUUCUCCAGAUGGACGCCAUCGUUCAGGACCAAUACAACUACGACAACACCACCUACAAGUGCGACAUGACGGACCCCAAGGGACGCUUCUACUUCUACACCCUGGAGUCCCUCCUGCCCUGCUGCCUCAUGCUCACUGGCUGCCUCAGCAUCAUCUUCCAGAUCUGGAGGAACACCAGGAUGCUGCGAGCGGCGGGAAUGCCGCAGGAGCUGGUGCGGCAGCGAUUCCGCAGGAUGCUGAGGUCUGCUGCGCUCCUGCUGGCGCUGCUGCUGCUCUUCCUCGUCUGCAUCAUUCCCAUCUGCGUCUACAACGUCAUCACGCUCGUCACCGAUAAAAUACACGUCCCUCUCGGCAUCGCCAUCUUCAUGAACUACUGGAUCCAGUACGGCAUCAACUUCCUCGUCUACGCCGCCAGCAACGCCAACUACAGGAAGGCUUACAAGCAGUUCUUCAAGCUCCUUGCAACGCGCACCGGCAAGUCCUUCAAGGCGCUGGCGUGCAAUGCCAAUAAAAGCCCCACGAUUAUGCAGCUCUCGUCGGCCAUCGUGCAAGGCGGGUCUAUGGCCGCCGUUCCCUUUCACAGCUCGGAGGUGUGCACCUCCGGAGCCCGGCUCAUCAACCCCCGUCGGCUCAAGGGCUGCUACUCCAACAUCCAUCGGCCCGUCAGUCAAAGGUCCUUGGAUACCGACAGCGGCGACCCGCCUCCAGCCCUCAGCUUCCACUUCGUCAGCUGCUCCGUGUCGAGCAACGGGACGCCCUCACCGCGCGGCUCCACGAUCACGAUGGAGUCCGUCUUCAUGCAUGACUCUGGCUCGCUCGCGGCUCACUGAAUGGGUCAUGUGUUCUUGCACUCGUAACCUGAUGUGUCGGUUUCAUAUGUAGUGUUCUUAUUGUCGACGAGCAUUUGUACAUAUGCAGAUAUACACACUCACACACACACACUCACACACAUACAAUCAAACGUACACACAUGUUUUUUUUUAUUUUUUUAUCUAUCUCAGGGAAGCUGAAACUGGUUUAUCAGCUUUACUAGUAAAACUAUAUAUAUAUAUAUAUCAUCCAUAUUAUUUUUAAUGUCAUUGGAAUACAAUUAUUAUUAUUAUUAUUAUUAUUAUUAUUAUUAUUAUUUAUUUUCAUACAAAAUAUUAUUUUCGUUCGUUAAUUAUUAUCACUUUUGCAUACGCGAGAGGUAUACCCCACUUCUGGGUAGACACACUGAGAGUAUACUUUAGUCCAGGACAAUGUUCAGGACUAAAGUAUACUUGAUGUUUUGUCAGUAAGCUACUGUCGUGACCUUAAUAACCCUCCAGAGGUUGAUAGGCCUUAAUAACCCUCCAGAGGUUGAUAUGUCUUAAUAACCCUCCAGAGGUUAAUAGGUCUUAAUAACCCUCCAGAGGUUAAUAGGUCUUAAU